UUUCCCUCGGUUUUGAGUUAUCAAAAACCCUAGCCAGACCCUUUUCCUCCUCCUCCUCCUCGCCGCGCGCCGCACGAUUCCCUUCCUCUCGAUCCUUCUCCUCCUUCUCCUUGCCGCACGACCACCUUCCUCUCCGCACGAUUCCCUUCCUCUCCUCUUCCUCUCGAUCUCUGCUUGCUCUCGGUCCUCGUCACAAUCGUUUACCGCCUCGCCUCCACCCUCUAUCGUCUUCCGGACACGCGUGUCGAAACGUGUCGAGAAAAGUUAGCUCUGCAGCAGCAGAAGGCCCCCUUCCUUGCUUGAUUUGGAGAACGACUCCCUUACUCGAUCCGAAGUUGCAACACCUUUGUCAGGGAGACAUUACUUACGUACAUCAGAGAUGGAAACAAUGUUCAAGUUUUGGGUUCGUUGAGUGUCUUGGCUACGCUGUUACAAACAAAAGAACUGGAUUAGUCAAUGCUGGAUGCUCUUAGAAUUAUUCCUCAGCGCAAAAAGCAGAGAAACUCUUGCUAGGUACUGCAUUCGUGGGCAGUGAUCUGAGGAGGAAGAUCUAGUCAUUCGCGUCUGGGCCUCCCGUUCAUUCUUCACAUCUGGGCCAAGCAAAAUUCAUGUGGAUUGGACCUGCCAGACUGAACAGUGAGGUAAAAAGGAAGGGUGACCCAAAACCGGUCCGAAACGUCUGAACAUAGAAGGAAACGACGACGGAAAAGCAAAACCCUAAUCACCUCGCCUCCUCUUCAGCUUCUUCGCUCGCCCUCCUCCGCCUCCAUCUCUUCUGCGUUCUCCAGCAGGACUGGGGACCUGCUCAACAUACUCGACGACUCAGAGGGCGUCGCAGACCGAGAUCCGGCGAUCCAAGGCCACUAUUCGAUCGACAUAAUAUGUCUGUGUUAUCAGCUAAACUGCCUGAUCCCUUUGAAUGUUUUCCUUCCAAGAGGAGGAGAGACGAUUCACCGCCUCCUAUGUUGGACGAUAGAUUUGUGUGGGUCGACUGGGUCAAGGUGGACGAGUCAUCUCUUAAACAUUGGCUGUCCGUCCUCUCUGAAUUCAAAGGGGCUUCCUCAGAGAACGAAGGCGGGCUUGACGAUACGAGGAGUGUAGACAACGUAUGGAUGACGGAUGAGGCUGGAUUACUUUCUCCGCCCCCUCCUCAUCGGCUUUCACUGGAUCUUCCUUUAGGUACUUGUGACUCUCAGGUCUUUAUACAAAAUUGGAAUAAGCUAGAGAGCAAUGGAAGUCUUGACAGAGAGGACAAUCAUGACAAUCGCGCCUCUUCAGAAAAUGAAGACAGGCUUCUCGGCUGUAGGAGCUAUGAUGACCAACUGUCGAAGCCUAAGAACACUCUCCCUGUGUCAAGCACAGAAAUUAGCAAGGAAAGUAAUGAGAUCAAUGGCGUUGAGGGCUUUUGCGAAGUUCGAUCUGUUGCAGGGAACUGCCCUGUCCGACAUCCGAGUGCUGUCCAAUUACUUUCAGUAUCUUCGGAUCACUCUAACUGCCUUGAUGUUAACUCGUGGAUGGAAGGUCGUCAUCGCACACCUUUGCCGUUAUGGUUAAGGGAUAUGUUUUCACAACCUAUCCAUUACCGUCCUGCGGGAACAAUUUUUGGGAACCUUAAGCCUAAAAAUGUCUUGAUGAUGACUGAUCGAUUAUUCCGUGCUCAGCUAUCCUAUAUUAAGAAAAACAAUAUGGACCUGUCCUUGGUGAAAUCCACGCCAGAAGCUGAGGAUCUGUUUUCGCGUUUGCUAAAGAAGAAUCCCGAAUUGAGCAGGCUAGAGGCAAGGGAGGUGAUUCUCCAUCCAUUCUCUUGGAGAUCAAAUGUUAAAUUGCACUUUCUUCAGCAGAUGAGUGCUAAACUACAUGAGAAAAAUCCAGCACCCGAUCCAGAUCUUCUAACAGAAUUGCAGAGCAAUGAGCCACCGGUUUUUUAUGGGAAUUGGAUCGACAAAUUAGAUCCUAUAUUUAAGACUUACGCACUCCAAAGGAUACUCCAAAGGAAAGAAAAAAAGUUAAACUUUACUUCUGUCGUGGAUUUAGUGCGCUUCAUGCGAAAUAAGAGUGCCCACCUCAAUGAAUUUCCCAAUGAAAUCAAGGAUCUAUUCGGACCGGGUGAGGAGGGUUUCUACACUUACUUUGAUUUACGGUUCCCGAGACUCUUUAUGAAGUUUUAUGGAGCGGCGUUCCAGUUCUGUAGAGAAGAGGAAUGGUUUGAGGUUUUCCACAUGGAAAACUUUCCAGAAUACUUCGGAAGUGAUGCCCAUUGACCCACUGGCCAUAUCUUCUUCAAUCCAGUCGCCUGCAUGCCGUCUGUUUUAUUGUUGCGUCUAUUCCUUUGGUUAGGAUCAAGUUGGAUGGGCUAAUGACUGUUUGAGUGUAUGAUGUAUCGUUUUAAAUGUAUAAAGUAUAAUGUAUAGCCGCUAUAGCAUGUUGUCCUUGAUGUUGCAAAAAAAAAAUUAUAUUUCAUUUCA